ACGCGUUAUACCUGAGACGGUCUGGGGAAGUCUGAGCUAAUCCGGUAGGCGAUCAUAUCUGACAUAUCUGAGACUAGUCUUCCAACUGCUAUGAGUUGCACGAUCGAGAAGAUCCUGACAGACGCGAAGACACUGCUAGAGAGGCUGCGGGAACACGAUGCGGCGGCCGAGUCCCUGGUGGAUCAGUCUGCGGCGCUGCACAGACGGGUGGCAGCCAUGCGGGAGGCGGGAACGGCGCUUCCGGACCAGCAUCAAGAAGAUGCACCCGACGUGAAGGAUAUGGCCAAAUACAAACCUCACAUUUUGCUGUCCCAAGAGAACACACAAAUUAGAGAUUUGCAACAGGAAAACAGAGAACUGUGGGUUUCUUUGGAGGAACACCAGGAUGCUUUGGAACUCAUCAUGAGCAAAUACCGGAAGCAGAUGUUACAGUUAAUGGUUGCUAAAAAAGCAGUGGAUGCUGAACCAGUCCUGAAAGCUCACCAGUCUCACUCUGCGGAAAUUGAAAGUCAGAUUGACAGAAUCUGUGAAAUGGGAGAAGUGAUGAGAAAAGCAGUUCAAGUGGAUGAUGACCAGUUUUGUAAGAUUCAGGAAAAACUAGCCCAGUUAGAGCUUGAAAAUAAAGAACUCCGAGAAUUGUUAUCCAUCAGCAGUGAGUCUCUUCACGUCAGAAAGGAAAACUCAGUGGAUGCUGCUUCACAGCCCAUCAAAUAACCGCACUUCUGAGCAAUGGCUGGAGAUUGCCCAUCAAGGAAGGAAGUUAUUGUCUUUCCAUUUGAUAUUGUCCUUUCGGUGUUUUGCCUCAGACUUGAUUUAGUGUUGAUUAAAGGUAUCAAGUGGCAGUUUAGAAUUCCUAGUCAGUACCUACUGUCCACAAAACAGGUUUUUUGGGUGUAUUAGAGUAUACACUGAGUUUCACCUUCCUUUCUCUAAGAGACUGCUUUUCAUCUUUAUUUCUGGGACCUCAAUUUAU